GAUCAUGCGGGACGAUAUCAGAGAAAUCUUUACUUAUAAUAAAGUUUACUACCGUGUUUUCGAUCAGUUUGGUGUGGUUUGGUGUAGUGGGUGCAGUGUGUUGAAUGUCAGACGGUAAAUGUGAAUAAUUACAGCUUAUAAUUAGUGCAGCAACAAACAAUAGCGUUAUGGAGACAUAGUCAUAUUGACCGUAAUGCAUUUAGAAAGAGACAUAAAAGCAAAAAGGGAAAGGAAGUGAAAAGAAGAAGUGAUGACGCCUUAUACUAAGGAAAGUUAUAGGAUAACUUGGCAAUUAAGGAAAACGAGAAUUUUAGGCCAACCGGCCUGAGAUAUGACAGCAAUAGCAGUAACAGCUCAACGAUCUUUAAGGACAUCUUCGUUGCUAUUAGCUGAAACAGCAGAACAGUGUCGAUCAUCAUCAUUGUCUAGGGGUUGCCAGAUCUACGCAACCCGACGCGAUCUUUUUAUUCCAGCGAUUGUCGAUCCACGUCCAAGCAGGACAGUUCACUGUCCAGAUUUAAAUGCUUGUUUAGUAAAUGAAUCCCGUUCAAAACACGAUCGAGUGGACUGUCAAACAAUUCACUUUGGUUACGCGAUUCCAAUUAAUAUCGUGCCAGUUCAUGACAGUCCUAAAUUAGUUGAAUUGGUAUUAGAUCAGUCUGCCGAAUUUAGCGUCCAAGCAAUAAAUUUUCUACUCAAUCAUCAUCCGCAAUUGCGUAAACGACAGUGUUUCUAUGAGAUGGCCACAGCUAAGCAUGAUCUUCGUCAAAAAUUCCCUGCAGACUCAACCUCUUCUGGUGAGGAGGAUAUUGCCGUUAUCGCCAAGCAGAUUAGCGAUCAUGCGGAAGCAAUUUAUCAAACAUGGAAAAGUCGCGGAUUAGCACCUACUGAAAUCUUAACUUGUCACAGUAACGAAACUGCUGUUGACAAAUUUGGUAGCGCAUUAACACCUUGCAAUUUACCCGCUAUUGGGAAUAAUAUUGGCAGCAAGGCAAUGUCAUCGCCUUUGCUUGAACAUUCUUCUUCGACAGCGGAAGAUAUAUUAACUCAAACGCCAAAUAUGGACAAUGGCAACCUUGAAAAAUUAGUCAACAAUUUUGUAGUAGAAGAUAAAGCUAGAAUAGCCGCUUCCAAACAGAAAUCGCCAUCGAAGACAUUGCCAUCUUCUAUACAAUUUGCUUUGCAGAAGUUUGAGAAAAAUUCUGUGCAACAGCAGCAGAUAGCAACUUCCAUGAAGAAUAAUAUAACUCCGAUCAAUAAUUCAAAGAAAUUAACGAGUGUUUUAUUGUCUUCACCGUUUUCGAACAUAUCAUCGCAAAUAGUAAAGCCUCAAAUUUUUACGAAGACGCUUGGUUCUCAUCAUUGCGAAGUUUUUCUAGAGACGAUUGAAACUACUUUCCCAGUAGAUUUAACAUCUUCCAAGAGAGCAACGCAGCAGAAGAGACCCGCUAGUAUAUUAAUAGCGUCAUCGCCCACUAGUUCCUCAUUAAAUAUCGAUUCAACGCACUCAACACGUUCGGGUUUAACAACAUGGCCGCUAAAAAACAAAUUAAAUGAUGUCAAAAACAUCACAAAUGUAUCUCACGCAUCAAGUAAGGCAUCCCAACAAGAAGAUAUUGCAACAAUUUUGCCAGUGAAAGACGAGAAAAAGUCGGUCGUGAUAAAAAAUUCGCGAUGCGCGUAUAUCGAUGAAGUUGCGCGGGAGGAAGAAAGAUUGAUAAAUGCUUUAAAAACAGGCGCUGUCCUUACUGAAGAAUCAGAAAGGACAAUGAUAUCUGAACGUAAAAAACCGGCUAUUAAGAAGGAAAAACCGAAGAUUGAAUCUAUCAAGCCAAUUAUUAUCGGAAGCCAUACACAUCAUGCUACUAGCUUGGCAGUAUCUAGCUCGGCAACGUCUAACUCAGCGGCAUCUGAUUCAAUAGAUAUUGCUGUCAAUAUCGACAAUGCUACAGCUGUAUCCACUGUUCAUAAUCCGCUAAUCAAUGAAUCAAAAUCGCUCAAUAAAAAUGAUUUGUCCGCUAUGUCAGUAGUGGACUAUGCUAAGAUUAGAUAUAAGGCAGCUCAAGAGAAUCCGCCUACUCAACAGCGGCUCGAAGAACAGCGAGCGUCCAGCCUUUCGUAUCAUUCCACCACGGAACAAUUGGUCUCUAGCACAAGAACAAAAUUCGAGAUGGAGAUACGAAAAGAUAAAGAUAUUAAAGAUUCAGAUAAGCAUUUAAUAGCAUCCAGAUGGGGGCCGAGAAUUUCUUCUCCACGACCUCGUUUAGAACAGAGUGUACCUCAUCCGGAAUUGACUAAUCAACAAAAGCAACAUAUAAGAGCAGCCGCGGCAAUUGGAACAGGCAACAAUCCCGUCAGACCAUUUCUUACUAGAGGUUCUGUAGCAGAACGUGUGCUUAUCUUCGAAAAAUGCCCGAGUGAAUUACUAUUGGACAAGCGUGGUCCACGACAGCCAGCCAUUAAUACGUGGAGAAGUGGUCAUGAAGUGCAGAAUAAAGCUCAGACUUACACGAAAGGAAAGCCUCAGCAAAAGAGUUUGCCGCCACAUACAACUUUGCAGAGACAGGUGAAAGCUAACAGGAAUAUUUAUAUACCAAGAUUUUAUUUUCCAGGAGGAAAACCAGUUCCUCUCUCGCAAUUGGAAACGAUUCUCUCAAAAAUUACUGCAGUUUUUCAAAGUUUACCGAAAUGUUGUGCUUCUCGCGCGCAAUUCCAUAUUAUUACAAAGGCUUGUGACUUGCCCUUAUACUGGAAAGUACCACUUUUUUUGGCAGCGGGUGGUGACCAGAAAGGAACCGUCGAGAUGAAUGCAUUUCUGGACUUUUGGAAAGACCUAACAAUUACUCAUCACGAUAUAGCUAGUAAAUUCAUCAGAAUUAUCACUCGAAAACUUCGAAACAAUAUACUUCCAGAGGAUUUAAUUCCACUCGUACAAGAUGUAGUAGAAACGCAUCCAGGAUUGACAUUUUUAAAAGAAGCUACGGAAUUCCAUUCUCGCUAUGUACAUACGGUGAUUGCAAGGAUAUUUUAUUGUGUAAAUCGAAGUUGGAGUGGUAAAAUUUCAUUAGCUGAAUUAAGGAGAAGCAAUUUGUUAGCAGUGAUUGCUGUACUUGAACAUGAGGAAGAUAUCAAUCAAGUUACAGCCUAUUUUAGUUAUGAACAUUUUUAUGUAAUAUAUUGCAAAUUUUGGGAAUUAGAUCGCGAUCAUGAUCUUUUCAUAGAUAAAAUGGAUCUAACAAGACAUAAUGAUCAUGCAUUGUCAGCUCGAAUGAUCGAACGAAUAUUUAGCGGUGCCGUGACGAGGGGUAGUAGAGUAAAGAGCAGUAACAAUGCACAGCAAUUAGAAGAUAAGAUGAGUUACACGGAAUUUGUAUGGUUUCUUCUUAGCGAGGAAGAUAAAAAUCAUCCCACUGCCAUUGAAUAUUGGUUUAGAUGCAUGGAUCUUGAUGGCGAUGGUUAUUUGUCGAUGUAUGAAUUAGAAUACUUCUAUGAAGAGCAAUUACGUCGAAUGGAAGCGAUUGGCCUGGAAACAUUGCCUUUUGAAGAUUGCCUUUGUCAGAUGUUAGAUAUGAUUCACCCGGUAACACCAGGCAAGAUAUCAUUGAGUGAUUUGAAAAAAUGUAAAAUGACAUCCAUUUUCUUUGAUACCUUCUUUAAUCUGGAAAAAUAUUUGGAUCAUGAGCAAAGGGAUCCUUUUGCUUCGAUGAGAGAUCACGAUGCUGACGGUCAUGAACUUUCGGAUUGGGAUCGUUUCGCAGCAGAAGAAUACGAAUUAUUGGUUGCCGAAGAAAGUGGCAAUGAACAAAUGUCACACAAUAUUGUCUCAUGGGAGCCAUUAUUGCCAAAUAUAGAUCAUUCGGAUGACUCGGUCGAUGUGAUCAAGAAUGUAAAUUCAUUAAUGAAUACAUCGAACGUUUGUGUGCAACAACAAUUGAGGCAUGAAGAUAGCAACGAUAGUGAUUACGCAGACAGCGACAAUUAAUUUUUUGACAAAUUUAUUCAAUAAUAUAGUGAGAGAGAAAAAUCGAGAAAUAACAAAAAGUGUUAUCAAAAACACAAUUUGUUAAACAAUAUGAAUUUAAAGACUACACGCGCGCGUAUUAUGUAUUUAUAAAAUUGCAAGAGGACGACAUCAUGUAUUGGAUAUUUUUUGCAUUGUUUAUAUUAUAAAACUAGAUUUUUAAUCUAUUUAUAUUAAUUAUCUUUUUAAAGAAAAGUGCCCAUGUAACACUGAUAAUAUGCUUCUACUCAAAAGUGAUAUUUCUUCUAUACAGUUGUUUAGUAGAUUAUCAAAUGUACUCAAUGUCAAAUAUAUAUUUUAACAUAUCAAAUUAUGUACAUUUGGGGUGUAUACAUAUAUUAGCGUAUAUAUUAAAUAUUGA